CGCACGCCGAGCGCGAGGAUGAGGAACGUGGGAACUCGGCACGAGCCCCACCAUUUGGCAGGGUUCACUGGCCGCCUCCCUGUGCCCCCGGCCGGCUGGCACUGCCACCCCGGCGAGGCUCCCCGCCCCCUUCUAGGCAGGGCUACCCACGAAGCACCACGUGCCACUGGCAUGGCAGCGGUGCGGGGGAGGAGGGGCUGCCGCCAUCAAGCAAGGCGCGGGGGCUGAGGAGGAGUGGGCAGGCUGGCCUACGGCGACACAGGCGCCGUGGGGUGGCUCAGCAGGCUGCCAGGAGCCCGGCAGUGCCCCAGCCCGACGGCACUGGCCGGGAGGAGAGCCUGCCCUUCAUGCUGGACCUGCAGAGCUUGCCAGGGCUGGCCAACGUGGACUUGACUGCCCAGAACCCCAACAUCCAGGUGACCAUUGAAGUGGUGGAUGAUCCUCAGGCUGAGAUGGAGAUGGACUUGUUGAAGGAGACAAGCAAUGACUGGUCCCUGACGUCCUCUGAGUGGUUGUCCCACAAGGACCUUUUCUGGCCCCUCUUCUGGGAAUACACUGACCCCGCUGAGGAGGAGGAGGAGGAAGAGGAAGAGGAUGACAACCUGGAUGUAGGGGACAGGGAGGAGGAAGGGGAGGAGGAAGAGGAGGAGGAGGAGGAGGAAGAAGAUUACACAGCAGAGUACGAGGAGGAGGAGUCCAUGCUCAGUGGAGUGGGAGGUGACUGGGAUCAGCGGUGGCCCGGGCAGAAGAACUGGAUCUUUAAAGAAAAAUAUAAUUACGACUAUGAAGAUGAGGAAGAGUGGAGCCCGUGGUCCCCUUGCAGCAUCACCUGUGGCAGUGGGAACCAGAAGAGGACCCGGUCCUGUGGCUACGCCUGCACAGCAACAGAGUCGAGGACCUGCGACCUGCCACGCUGCCCUGGAGCAGAGGGGGAAAUGGUCUUCCCCACAGAGGAGAUGCCUUUCAAAAGCGACAACACCACAGAGCUGUUCAACUCAGAGGUGGACAGCUGUGAGAAAUGGCUGAACUGCAAGAGCGACUUCCUCACCAAGUACCUGAGCAAGGUGCUGACGGACCUGCCCAGCUGCCCCUGCUCCUACCCGCUGGAGGCUGUCUACAGUGCCAUCAACCUGCGGGAUGAGCAGCAGGGCAAGAGCUUCCGAUGGCGGGACGCUAGCGGCCCCAAGGAGCGCCUGGACAUCUACAAGCCGACCGCACGCUUCUGCCUGCGCUCCAUGCUCUCCCUUGACAGCACCACCCUGGCUGCCCAGCACUGCUGCUACGACGAGCACACCCGCCUCAUCACCCGCGGCAAGGGGGCUGGCGUCCCCAACCUCAUCAGCACCGAGUUCUCCCCAGAGCUGCACUACAAGGUGGACAAGCUGCCCUGGAUCCUCUGCAAGGGCGACUGGAGCCGCUACCAUGCCGUCCGGCCCCCCAACAACGGGCGACGGUGUGCUGACAAUCCCACCGAGGAGGAGUACCUCUCCCAGCUGCAGGAGGCCAAGGAGUACUAG